GGGAAACCAAACUGGUCACUGUUUGUAGAAUGUAAAGACAAAAACAAAAACGCACGAUGUACCAGCAGCAAAAAAUUGCUUAAUUUUGAAAAUGCAGGUGUCAGAUUUGGGUUCUCCAGUUAGCCCUCAAAACCUACUUGCAGAGCAUCGACAAAGUUCGCCUGAAAUUGACAAACUCAUCCAGAAAACAGGUGAUUUUAAUAUUUAGCUGACGUCUUUGCGCUGUGUUUGGGGUCUACUCUUUAUUUUCAGUGUUACAGAUUUAUAAACUUUUAAAUCAAAAUAUCUUUAGAGAAACAGUUGAUUCAAAGUUACAGUUAUCGUUUCUCAAGGAAAUAGAAGCUGUAAAACCACAUUGAGACCUUAUCUUUCGUUGCUAACAUCUUGUUGUAAUGACAACAAAACUACCUUUAGCAGUUAAAACAGAUUCUUUUAAGCUUUACCAGUCAGCAACAACCUUCUUUGUUUAAUUCACCUCAUGACAGAAUUUGAAAAUUUGGAGCAAGUGAAACUAAUAGAAACAGAAAGAGAACGAUAUGCAGGUAAGUCUAAGUAAAAAGAGCAUUUAAACUUAUCAAAAGCCCAAUAAAAAAAGAGCGAAGUUCGUUUGCUGAUAGUUGUUUAUAUAAGCUUAAGCUUUAAUAAGUUUGUAGCAAUUUCUUUGAAAAAGUACUACCUAAGAAUGAAACAAAUAGAGAUAUCAUGCAAGAAUAGUGUAGAGGCAUCAAGAAAUCGAGAUGAGGUACAAAUCUAUUUUAAUGUACGAUAUUUUGACUAGCAGAACUUAAAAUUACUGGCCCUUGAAAAAGACUCUUCUUACUAGUCAGUGAAAAUAUUGGCCCUUCAACUGAAUUAAAACCUUGCCCAUUUUGAAUUCCGUUGCGCUGUCCCUGCAUAUUAAUUUUUUUUACUCAAAGUGCAAAACAGGCUGUUGUGCACGUAGAGUAUAGGCAGGUACACGGGUACAGCGUUAUCAAGCGGUCCUCUUGCGGACCGCCACACUAUAAAAGUAACGAGAGCCAAUUUGUCUUGGGGUACUGAAAAACUGUUGACGUCGUUUUCAUUGUCAAAAACACAAAGCUCUCUUAAGACAAGUGGAAGAAAAAACGCGCCAAGUUGAGGAGUUAGAGAAGUCCACAACUCAGCUUGACGAGGAAGCCAAACAAUUACACAAACAGUUCACACAGAACAGGGAGAUAUGCGAAAGGUAAGCAAUUUUUUAUUAUUUUACGUAUGCCUACUGAAUUUCGCGAGAGGUGGUCGUCUUGCGACGAGGUCACCCAAGGUUAUCCUGUCAAAUUCGGAACUGGUUUUGUAGUCACCCGAAAAAAAAAAAGACACUUGCUAUUCACACGCCCGCCCCUUGCAUUCGUGAGGCGAUUUCGCCUUUUCCACCCGUCUUUGGAGCACGUGUAACGAAAACUCUUACCUUAAAAUGUUAAAUGGUUUGUCAGAAUGGUAUUAUAAUUCUUUUGAUCUACAGCUUGAAACGAACAAACAGUGUUCUUCAAGAGCACGAAGAAGCUUUAAAGAAGAAAAAAGAAAUGGUCCUAAAUAAGACGCAACUAGCCAGGCAAGACUAUUAAUUUUAAAGGCCAUUUAAAUGUCGCGCACUGAAAAUUGUUGCUUCCAUUGGUAUAGCUGUACAUCAGAGAUAACAUCAAUGACUCGACGUCUCGAGUUUUGAUACAAUGAAUUUCCUUUCAAAAAAAUCUACACCUGCUAAAACAAAUAACUGGCACAUGCUGGUUUCUUGUUUAGCCUGCGUACAAGCUCUCCAUGCGAGGAGCGCGCGGCUCACUUCGCUCGCCAAAAUAAGCAAACCCUACUAAGGAAUCUAAGCAAAGUGCCAACUCUGAAUGGAUUAUUAUUUUACUGAAACUGUCCAGGAAGAGAGUUAUGAACAUUUUAGGUGAUUUCUGACUAAAAACCUUACACCAUUAAUUAAUAAUUUAAGGUUGGAAAACAAUGCUGUCCUGGAGAAGUAUCAGGCCAUUUGGGAGACAUACAAAACUAAGUAUGAAAGUAAUGAAAAUGCAAAGGAGCUUGCUAAGAUAAAGAGGGAUACAAUGCAAGAAAAGGAACAAUGUGAGUUACUGUUUAACUUCAAGUACUUAUAGUAGCGUUAAUACUUAGUGGCAACAUAGUUAAUUUUUACAUACAUAGACUGCAUACUAUGAAGGCUAAAUUAGUAGUAAUUGCAAAUAAAGGGAGUGUGUGUUCGAUGGGGAUAGGCGAUAAGUACAAGGGCGGGGGGGGGGUGGGGGGGGGGCAGUGAGAGGGGACCUAAAAUGUGAUGUGCUUGUAUGACUGAAUACGUUAUAGCAAUGAAAAAUUAAUGCUCUCUUAAUGGUUAAACCAGUGAAAGUAUUUGUCAAUAAUCACCCUUAAAUUGUCUCAAAAAACUCCUUUUAAUAAAUUCCCAUGUCACCAUAUUUUUUCCCUCAUCAAAUGGCCAGGAAAUGUUCAGACUAGACUGGCUUCGAGCAGUCCCUCAUUUCCCUCAGGGGUAGUAGGGAAAGCAGAAUAUGAAGGCAUGCGUGGAAAUUGAGGGUCAGCUUCCUCGGGCUGAGCAAGCUCUACCAUACCUGAGGUAAAUUAUGGCUACUUGAAGUCUUUGUUUAUACACCAGGGGGUAUUUCCUUGUUGUUACAAAGUAAAGCACUUUUAACAGGAUAUGGAACUUACCGCAUUUAAAACCACUCUUAAUUAUUUUUAUUCAUGUUUUACAUGUCUGAUAUCCCUUGUAGUGGAGGAGAUAAGAUCCACAGUUCAACAACUGGAAACUGGCAUUUCAAGUAUGGAAACAGAAAAGAAAAAGAUUCAAGGUAGAAUAUGAUAUGGGCCACUUUCUACCACCUAGUGUUAAUGCAAAUCCGAACAAAGUAAUAUGAACUGGUCGUGUUACAAGUACUUGAACCACAUGCUUUACAUGUACUCAUCAGAGUGAAUCUGGAGAUCAGCAUCAAAGGUCAUAGUUUUAGGUAGAUGCUGUCAGCCCACUCUUAAGCUAAGGCAAGCAUUCCUUCCCUUGAGGCCUCCAUUCCUCAGCACAAAUGAACUAAACACUAAUAUAUAUACUGCAACAUACACUGGGUAAAGUCGCAGGCCAUGUUUUCUUACAUUUGCAGUGGUUCUCUACCACUCCUACAGCUGUGGGAAAAUCUUAGAAGCAUCGGAAAGUGAAGUAAAAGACAUCUUUCUUCCUUAGGGGAGACUCUUCACUCUGUUUAAACUGGACUGGGUUCACCUCUAGAUCUUUUUCUUUCGUACUUUAAUGAAACAAAAAAGUUGAAAACUAAUAAUUUCUUUUCAUUUCAGAAACAAUUAAAAAUGGACUCAGAUCAGCUAUCCCAGUGAUCAUCAAACUGUAUCCACUGCAAAAGGGGUUUACAAAGGAUAAUAUGAAAAAUAGAAUACAAAAUGCCGUGAUACUUUGGGGGAGAUGCAGUAUUAAUACUUGACACCUCAUUAUGAAAUAAUGCCUAAAGCAGAAGACAUUUUCAUUUUUCUUCUUCAUAAGCUACUUCUGUAAAGCCUUUUAUAGUGUCAUUGUUUACCAUACAAGACAUUUCACCCAGGUUAUAUUCUUUAACAACACGAAGAGCCCAGCUAAACCUUGAAACAAGAAAAACUGUUGACAAUAUACAAGAAGUCAACACCAAAGUAAAACACUCACGAGAAGAACAAACCAGGAUGUCUGCAGAGAAAAGGCACCCAAAAAGGUCUCCAGAGAAAGGUACCGAUAUGUAACAGAGUUUUCUCAAUUUUAUGAGCAGGAGCUCAAGAAAAAAGUAUGUAUGAGGAGAAUACCUUAGCUGAAACUUAAAUUGUAUGACUCAAGAUAUUUACAAAAGAACACUCUUAGUGACAAUGUGGUGUUAUAAUAAUUUAUUAAUUAAUAGCCAGAACUAUGAAACAUGUAAGUAAGUAAGAUAGAGAGAACGGUUCAAUUUUCUCUUAAAAGUUCCAUAAACAAUUUGAUGACAAUUUUUUGCAUGAGAAUCUCUGAUAGUCACCAAAUACAGUAAGAAAGUAUAUGAAAGCCAAAAUGAAAAUAAUGCAAUUAAUUUUAAUGAAACUAUUUCUUACAAAUUAGUCCCUAUAAUAGAAACACCUGAAACAUCUACUGGCAUCCCAGUGGGGACAUCUUUUCAGCUAGAGGGACACCCAUCUUCUAACACUAAGCAACCACAGUCAGAUAAAAAUAUGGAUGCAGAACAGUCUACAGAUGAAGACAUUGCUACACAACAGCAACGACAAGAAGUACUUGUAUCUGAAAGACCUGUCUCUCAGAUGCAACAAUUGCCUAUGGUGAUCUCAAGUCAGCAGUCUAGCAAAAGUAUAACAGAGGACCAAGUUGUUCAGACAUCAAGAACAGCUCGCAGUGAAUGCCACCCACAACAACUUCAAAUCUCACACAAUCAACCAUGUAAGUCAAAGACUACUGCAGUUGUAAGUACAUUAUUACGGUAUUUUCAAUGCAACCUCAGUUCAAAAUUUAUUUGUUUACAUUGUUGAGGAAACAAAACCACAAACAGCUAUAGAAAUUAGUUUGUGACUUUGAGGUUUACUGGUACUUAAGAUCACGUUUCCAGGACAUUAAUUUUGUUUUAUUGAAUUGUCAGAACAAAAUCAAAGUACUCUACAGUUUUUUGACUUGCACUAAAAAGGUUGGCUGGAUUAACUUAUUCCAUGUGUUGUGCACUCUGUUAUCAGUAAAACAUUUCGAUGUUGUCAGAUACAGUAGAACCUCCAUGUGUGACCACCCUCCAUAAAAAGCGACCAGCUAUUCAAGACACCAAAACUUUCCCAACCAAAGCCCAGUUAAAGGAGCUUUCAUAAAUGAACACCUUCUGUAAGCAACCAUGACUACUUUUUGGGGCUGACAGUUCAAUUUUUUUCCAUUGUUUUUAACCUUUCUGUAAGCAACAACUUGACACAUAAGUCUGAUCUGUACGUUUGCUGUAAGUACUAUGCUACUUAGAUUAGUAUACAAAGAACUUUAGUAACAACAUGGAAUUGCACAUAUCACAACUUAGAAAUAAACUGCAUGUAAUAAAUUAUCUUCCAUAAAGUAGAUAUGUCUGGACAUCUUAUCGGAAAAGACCCCUGUGGUUCUUUUCUCAUAAGCGACCACCUCAAAUAAGCGACCACUAGUCUUCGUAUUUUCAGUGGUUGCUUACAGGAGGUUUGACUUGAAAAUAUGAAGGUGUUACAAUUUGAUGUUGGUUUUUACAUUACAUCUCACAGCUCGUAGUCCACAGCAAAUGGACGAAGAAACAACCUUCCCUUGCACACCCACAACAGCACAUCAACAAAACUCUGGUUUUGUCCCAACUUCAGAGGCAACUAACAGCCCAUUCAAUUUUGAGAUACACUCAAAUUUCAUCCAGCAACUAACAAAGUCUCCAGGAGAUGGUUUUCUUUUUCAGAGCAGGCCAAUGUUUGAUAAUUCUAUGGAAGGAGACAAAGAGCAGGUCAGUUGAUUAGCAAUAACAUUAAUCUCUCUUUUCUAUAAUAGCCUAGCCUGAAGGAAGCCCCUCCGCCCCCAGAGAGCUGGCUUGCAGGCUAUUACCUGUAAUAGCCUAUCAUUCGUUUUAAUCAAUACUAACAUGAAAAAUAAGCUGAUGCAGGGUGUUCAUUAGGCAUCGGAGAUCGGAGAAUUCUCUGUUUACUAGACAACAAGACAGAAUUCUCUGGCUCACAUUUGGUAGCCUAUGCCUACUCUUCAUUCAGGCGUGUAGCCUUUUUCAAGAUAUUCUCCUGUAACGUUACACCUUUCUCCUGCUAUAAGAAUAAUUCUUAAUAAAAACCCUGUGAUGUUUGAAAAACAUCCAUGGACCAUGGAAAUUUAAGCCUCUACACUAAAAUAAUGUGUAUGCUCAAUAUUACAAGGCUGAUGCAUUUGCAGAAAGGAAAAUAAUAGUCUUUAGAGCAAACUUCUUAAUGCAGCUUUAAUUCUGAACACUGACCACAUUAGGAAAUUCUGCUGAAACAAAAUGUUAUGCUCAUGUUUUCUUUGAAAUACUGCAGGCUAACACAGAGAAUACAAAUUUCUUAUUCAAUAUGCAAGAAGUGGGAAAUUUUCAAACAGGUUAGUAAAGCAUUUCACCAAAUAAAAGAAGUGAAAAAGAACUAUCUCUCUAUUGCAUAAUUUUUGUGUGUAUACUGUAGUACAAGAAGCCUUAAAAUAAAGCCAGCGUAUAAAAUAUAAGUCACUGUAACCAUGAGUUUAUCAAAGGUUUUGGUACCAACUUUAAGGCACCUUGAUCAGUUGAAAAAAAAAAAUUUCCAAAGAGCUUUAAACACCAAUCCAACCAUUUGGGAUUUUACAGAGUGAAGUAUAGGAGUGAAGAUUUGCCAAUAUGAACUUGAGCUCAACCUUUUGAGAGUUCUGGGCCUUAUUUGAGAGUCCUGCUGUGUCUUAUUUGCUACAAGCUUUUCUAAAAUAUUGAGUUCAAAUUCCUUUUCACUAAAAACUUGAAAAUUAUUUUAACUUUACUUGGUCCCUGUUAAAUACGUGAUACCAAGUAUAGAAUAUGACUGAAGUAGGCAAUUACUGACAGUUCACAUAGCUAAGAUAUCUAAUAACUGGACUCAAUUAGUAGUUGCUUAUUGGUAUUUAUUUUGACUUAAGUCCUCCUAAAUAUUUCUCAUAAAAAUAUAUGAAAACUAAUACCCUUAUUGAAACUUAUGUAAUAAUAAACUGCCUGGAUAAAAGGAUUAACAUUAUUGUGCAAUUAACUACCUCAAUGGGAUUUUCAGAUAAAUUAACUUACAGUUGUGUACAUGCUGCAGUCUGGGCAGAAUGUAAUAACAAUGUUUCUUCUUUCAGAACAUUGGUUAUACAUUUGUAACAAACACUUAGUAGAUAACUCCGUACAGAAUCAUUUCAGGAAUUUAGUGUACUUGAUUUUUUCCAUCAGAUUUAAAUCUACUACUUUAGCACUCCCGAGGAAAGCAAUGUUAAAAGUGAACAUUUUAGACCUUGAACUUUGCAUGGUAGUUUGCAGCAACUAACUAAAUUAUAAAUAAAUAAAUAAAGUGUCUUUAUUGUUCAAAAGAUAAAAUUACAUAUCUUAUGUUACAUUUAAAUAUAACGAUGUUAAUGGGCUAAAGUAUGUCUCUAAAUAAGAUUAGUAUAUACAUAGAAACAAAUACGAAAGUCGAAUACAGAAAGUACACCAUUUACAAAGCUACAUUAUACUUAAAGACAAUUCUAUUAAAGAAUGUAUUCUUGAAAUGGUCCGUGUGAAUGGCGGGCAUUGCGGGAGAUUUAUUCCUUAAGUUGUAUCUUGUAAUCUUAGUCUCAGGGAUAAUAGACACUUGGCUUUGUAUCACCAAGUUUUUUUCAAUCUAGUGUCUAAAAAUCGCCCCAUGUAAGGUAAUAUGGAUUCUGAAAUCGGGGAAACAUUUGUUUGUGAAAUCUGUAAUCCAGGAAAUUUUUGCUUAUGGAAUCCAGAAUCUGUUUGGCUUUUGUACAUUAUGCUUUUGUUUCCCCACUAAAAUGCUCCACCUUAAUGCUCCAUUUUUCCCAUUAAAAUGCUCGGUAGUCCCCAAAAAAGUCACUGAAUUGCUCAAUAAUACUCAUAGAGAGGCCUUUUUUAAAAUUAGUUCUAAACAUUUUAAGGGCGAUUAUUUUAAGGCUAACAAAGUGGUAUGACAACAAUGUAUACAAAUAAAUAGUUUCAAAAUAGCAAAAAAGAUUGUCUUCAUAGCUGUAUGGAGGUAAAAUUUGAAUAUAGUGUUUUGAAUAUUAUUUUUAAAGUCAUCAUAUCUCUUCAAAAAUGUUUCAAUUUUUAUUCUCUGUGAGAAAAAAAAAACCUAAUUUUCUGGAAAAAGACCACUAAAAUGCUUUAAUAAUGGUUAAUGCUUUUGCCUCACUAAAAUGCUAAAAAAAAUGUUGGUACAAAGCCCUACCAGAAAUCCUGGGAUUGGAACCUGUAAUACAACUAAACGAAUCCCAAAUCCUGCCUUCAAUUGGAGUCUGGAAUCCAAGUUCCACUGACAAAAAAUCUGGAAUCCACAGCGCGGAAUCCAAAAUCCAAGUCUGUCGAAUCAUUAUACGUUUUUGGGAAACUGCCCACAUACCCCUCCCCUAUUAAAGCCAUCAUCAACACUUACUUUUCACUUAGGGCAAUAUGUUGGCUUAAGGGAGGGGUAUUUGGGCAGUUUCCCAGAAAUGUAUAAUGAUCCAGACUGUCUUGGAUAACCUUACAUGGGGCGAUGAGAACACUAAAAAGCAUUGUUAAGCCUGGUUCUCACAUGCCGCCAAUGCACCUGUGACAUGGCUGCCGGUACUGUCUAGGAUACUGUUCUGAUAUGAGAACAGAACUGGCUGGCAACAUUGGUCAUCCCAGUCUUUACUGCAGCAUGCCUGUGAAGUUGACUUGAGUUCAACUUCGAAGGUAUGUCGGUGGUAAAUCUCUGCGAUGGCUCUAAUUGCUGGCGGUGCAUGUUCUCAUUCAUCCAAGAAGUAGCCCAGGCGGUACCAGCAGCUACGUCACAGAUACAUUGGUGGUAUAUGAGAACAAGGCUUUACACAGUGAAUCACACUUGAGUACUUAUCUCCAAGCAGGGUCUGGAGCUGAUCAUUUCCCUGUGUCAAGACAGAAUUCAAACCUGUUUGGGUCACCAGUGUCUGGAGAGAGGAGAGCAGGUGAUGGGUUGUUUGGAACAAACCCAUCAACUUUCAAUGGAUGUUCCAUCUUUGGAGAUCCUAGUCCUAUUCAGUCUAAUCAACAACAAGCACUCACUGGGCCUACUGAAUUUAGUUUCUCCUUUGGAGCUAAAUCCCCUGAUGAUGGGAACAGUACUUUAAACAGACCGGCUGCAUUUAGCUUAUUCUAG